GUGACCUUGUGGGUCAUACUCAGUACAAACAGCCAGGUUGUGAUGGAUUUAAUUGAGACAAAUACUUUCUUCAUAGUCGUUAACGGUAGCCAAGCCUUGUAUUGUGAUCGCCUAGCUGGAAAGCUAACUGUUAGGCACGCAUCUGAGGUAUUCAACGAAUGGAAUCCUGUUUGUUUGGGUAAAAUUGAUGGUGUUAUUGGGAAAAUCCGUUAUCAUCCAGACAGUGAUUGGAGGUUGUAUUUAAUUAGUGAGAGUAAACCUAUGGGUAAACUACCGGACGGUUUGGAAGUACGUCGAAUCAGUCGAGUAACAAUAUUGGUGUUGAACACAUCUCCAAUCGGUGAACUCAAUCUAAGUUCAUGCACACGUUCUCACCCGGAUAUCCCGAAGAAAAAUAUGAAAUCAACAAUAUUUAGCAGUCCACAACGACCUUUUAUGAAGAUAAUGCAAAAGCGUGUCUUGGCUACAGAAACAAGAGACCCCAGAUGGCGAUUAAUUAAGCGAAGAGAAAAGUAUGAACAACGUAUUGAAGAGGAACUGGUCAAUAUGCUACAGUCUGAAGAUGAAUCAUAUUUUUAUUUUUCACCUGGUGGAGGUGAUCUUACCAACUGGACACAAUGUAAAACACAUCCAUCUUAUUGGAGUGGUGUACCUGAAAAUACUGAUGUCGCAUAUGAUAACAGUACUAUCGAGUCACAACCGCUCGGUCUCCCGACAUCAUUCAAACCAUCUUGGCGUCAACCUGUUUGGAGACGGGCUGAUCAAAGAUUCUUCUGGAAUUCCCACUUAUUAUCUGAACCAAUUGUAGAGGCAGAUCGAAUGCUAACAAGUUGUGGUUUCCCAGUCUAUGGCGCUAAUUUCAAAUCUUCUGAGUCAUUUACUCAAUUCAAUAGUUUGAUUGCAGACUUAGAGGGUUUAUUAAUGCCUAUUGUUCAAGGUUAUGUACAUAUUGAAGAGUUUGUUUUAAAUAGACUUCAAGGUCAUCUUAUAGUAGAUGUUCUUAAAAAGUCAAAAACUUUGACGGAAAAGUCGAAUAAUGAUUUACCUUCAAUGAGUGUAGCAUUUUUUAAUAAUCAUGUAAACAUAAAUGAUGAACAAGGUCAAAUUAAUAUAAUUGGGUUAAGUGGUCAAUCUAACUCUGUUGCUACUGGAAACGAACAUAAAAAUAGGGAUCACUUUGAUUCAGUUACCUAUCAUGAUGUUGAUGCCAGUCUUAGACAAGCUGUUGAAUUUGAUCCAUCUGUUUUUUCAUCGUCAACAUCAUCAGCCAGAUUGAUGAAGGGAAGAAAGCGAAUGUCAUUUGCAGAGACAUCCCAGUUGAAUGAUAUGACAAACAUUCCAAAUCAAGAAGCAGACGUAGUCAGUGUGAACUCCACAUACAAUUCUGUGGCAGCAGAUACUUUGGAAACAACAACUACCAGUAAUAUGACAAGUUCAGCUGUUACUGUAAUACCGAUAAAUAAUACAAAUAAUGAUGUCAAUAACAGUGAUAAAAAUAAUUUUAGUCAACAGCAAAGCAAACCAAUGAUAAUUGGCGAUGUGGAACAUGUUACAGUUAUCUUAUUUUCACGUCGUAGCUGUCGUCGAGCCGGCACUCGUUAUAGGCGCCGUGGAAUUGAUGCUGAUGGAUAUGUGGCUAAUUAUGUUGAAACAGAACAAAUUCUGCACACAAAUAUUGAUCAGUUUCCACAUACUGUGGCAUUUCUCCAAUGUCGUGGAUCUGUACCACUCUACUGGAGUCAAACAGGCUUAGUUUACAAUCCCCCAAUACUUCUAGAGAAAACCCAAGAAGAAAAUCAAGAAGCGUUCAAUAAGUAUUGGUCAAAACACUUCCAAGAAUAUGAACGUAUACUUAUUGUUAACUUGUUGAGUUCUGGGCGUAAACAUCGUGAAACUAUAUUGACUGAUGCAUUCGUACGUCAUAUCUUACUAUCAAAGAAUGAACGUUUAGCUUACAUCAAUUUUGAUUUUCAUGAUUUUUGUCGAAAUUCUCAAUUUCAAAAUGCUUCAGUUCUCCUAACUGGUAUUGCAGAUUUGUUUCGUAAUUUCAAAUACUGUUGGCUUACUCGUAAUGGAAUGAUAUGUGAACAGAAGUGGAUAUUUCACGUGAAUUGUUUAGACUGUUUAGAUCGUACAAAUUUGGUUCAAUGCAUGUUUGCCGUUGUCAUGAUUACAACUCAGUUGAAAAAGAUUGGUUUAUUAGGCCCUGAGGAGUGUUUACCCACUGAAUUCCUGCGUACAAUUCAGCAUAUGUGGGCAACAAACGGUGAUGCUAUCAGUCAAAUAUAUGCAGGCACAGGUGCAAUGAAAGGUGAUUAUACUCGAACGGGUUCACGAACAGUCAAUGGUCUAAUGCGUGAUGGAGUCUAUUCAGUCAGCCGUUAUUAUUUACGCCUUCGUGAGAUAAAUCGUCAGGCUGCAAUUGAUUUAUUCAUUGGAAAUGAGCAGAGUUCUGAAAUGACAAUGUUUUGCAAUGGAUCGGGUUUAGAGUCUGCUUCACUGCAAGUUCGACAGGAACGUAUUAAACUGCUCAUUAGUCGGUGUCAAGAACUCUUAAUUCAACCUAAUGAGAAAUACUUCUCUGAAUGUCUUCUUGUUUCAUACUCUGAAUUCAUUCGUGAUAUACAUUAUGUGAAUACGGUCGCGCUUAUAACCGAUAAGUAUCUACAUUUCAUUAAAACAGAUUUCAAUAACAGAAACAACCGUCCAGCUUAUAUUCGAAUACCUUUGGAAGCAAUAGAAAAGCUUGAAUUUGGCUUGGAACCAGCCAUUUUUCGAGCAAAACAUUUUGUCUUGCGAAUAUUUUAUAAAGUUCCUGAUGAAAAUUCAAUCCAAAGAUCUGAUUCAUUGAAACAGCAAAUACUUGGUAUUGGAAGUGAUCAUGUGAAAACCAGCUCUCAACAGACACUUACUUCGUCAGCGGGUCAACAAACACGUUCUCAAUCAUCAGAUUUAAGUUUAUCACCUGUAAAGCGAUUCGAGAAACCAAAAAUUCCUAUUUCAAGUCAAAAUGAUCAAGUAUUUCGAGCAAGUGGUUUAUUUGGUCGUAUUGCUCAUGUAUCUACUACAAGUUUUAUCCCUAAUGACAAAGAUGUAAAUGAAACUCGAUAUAAAUUGAAUGUUCAAACUGAUCGCUCCAACUCAGAACGGAACCUUUCGGAACAUGAAAGAGAUGUGAGUAGUGGUGGAUGUCCUGGUGGAGGUGGUGGUGGUAGUGGCCGCAACAAUACAGGGAUUAGCAAUUUUAGACAAGCAAUUAAAAUGCCCAAAGUGACACAUAAUUUUCUUGAAUUCCUUCAACCAGAUACAAGACUUUUCAAUACAGUUUUAGUUCCUGUCCCACCAGGUGAUGAGUCUUUACAAGCAUUACGAGUUGUAGCCUCAACAAUUCUUAUAUCUCUUCAUUCAAUUGGAAGAUAUUUAGAGUUGACUGAAACGAAACCCCCAAAUAAAUUAGAACGUUUACGUCAAGCUAGUGUACCGAAAGAAUAUCAACCGUCUAUUAAUUUGCAUACUCUUGGAUCUGGUUUACGCGGUAUGGGUCGAAGACGUGAAUCUGUUGUUAGUUUACGUAGUAGAUACCGUAUUUCCAGAGCUACUUCAAUUCAAGAUGCAGUGCUGGAUACUGAUGGUGGUGUAGUAAUGAUCAAUCCAGAUGUUAACAUUGAUGACCAAAAUGCAAAGAAUCAAGUAUCACUUGCGAAAAUGAAUACGAAUACAAUUAAACAAAGAUUGAAACAGAUUAAGCUUCCCAAGUUGCCCUUUAACUUUGGUCGGCAUAUGAGAUCAACAUCGGGACAAAGCCGUGCUGAAGAAGUGCAGAUAAUCCCAGAAAAAUUUAAUAAUGUGAAGCAAGAAAAAGAUGAACCGGAUUCAGAGAUUGCAGACUGUAGGCAAUUUUGUUCACCCAAGUUCAAAUUAAAACGUAAUAAUAACAAUCGUGUCUAUGUUGGAGCUGAUGUUGAUUAUGAUGAUGCUGAUGAUGAUGAUUUAGACGAAGAGGAUGAUGAAACGGAAAAUAGUGAUGCAAUGGAUAGUGAAGAGGAUAUUGCUCUCAGUGAUGAAGAUUCAGUCUCCGAAGAUAGUCAGUUAGCCAACAAAAUGUCAACUUUAUAUCAGUAUUCCAAGUAUUCUGUAUUUAGACGAUCAACUUAUCACGGUGUUCAUGAAUCAUCGGGAUGUGAACAAGCAAUACAAUCCUCACCGUUGUCAUCAGGAUCAGUGUUGAGAACACCACAUUACAAGAGAUACUCACACUCAGAAUCGGACAUAAAUAAAAGAAUGACGGCCUUGUCAUCCUCCUGUGAUUUAACUGGUCACGAACAAAAGAAACAGUCAGAAACACCUUUGAAGUUACUAAAGAAAUCAAUUCGAGAAUCGUAUCAGGCAAUAAGUAAAUCGAAGCUUUCACUGCAGUUGAGUCAGCUCCAAAAUACUGAAGAUAAUUCAAAUGAAUCAGCAUUAUUCGAGAAAAUUACACCUCAACUUACCAAUCGUUUAUUAAAUCCCAGUGUAAAUGACAGACAAAUAAACUUACAGACGGUUACUUUGGAAGAAUUGCUGUACGGGAGUCGAGUUGUCAGUGCCAGUCGUAGCGGUAGCAUUAGGGGAGGCAGUGUUAGUCAUAUUGAAAAAGGUAAUAAUACCGCAGGCAAAACAAUGUCAACAACAUCUGAUUCUAAUUACAUCUUAGAGAUAAAUGAUCAGCCUAUCCUCCUAGACUAUCUCAAUAAUAAAGCUAUAUAUGAAAGAUUACAACAACUAUUUAAACAUUAUACUCAACCAAGUAUAAUGAACUCAGUGUUAUUCUACACAGAAUACAAUAAUCCUAUCAAUACCUUCACUACCAAUUCUGUUAUUGAUACACUUUCACAAUCUGUUAAUUCAGAGUUCAACACACCAAUAAUACAUGAUUAUGGUUUAUAUGAAUUAUUACAACACGUCUAUAUACCGGAGAUUAUUUUGUCUAGAAGUCAAAAAUUAACUGAAAAACUGAGACGUAAACAAAUGUAUUCAUUAAUUCAGUUGGAUAGAGUUCGUCGUGAAUUAUUUAUUCUGAAUGAUACAAAAAUGAUGGGAACUACGAGUUAAAACAACAGAAAACAAUUUAUUCAUCAUUUAUUUUAUUUUGAAUUAUAUAUAUAUAUAUAUAUAAUGUUUAUGUGUGUAUAUAUCAAAUCUGCAACUAUAAACAUGAAUUCUGAGUUUUUCUUACAGCUAUAUGUACUACUGAAUAAACUACUUAAAGGGAAGAUAUUUAUUCCAUUGACUUCCUUAUGAUUGCAAUUAUAAGAAGAGAUAUGUCAAUUUGUGUUUAUAUGAUGCUUUUUUCGAAGUUAUCAUUACUUAAUAUUUUCUGAUAUUGUUAAAAAGAUUAUGUUUAGAAAUGAGUCAGUGUCUCUUCCAUCACUGACUGACUAACUUUACAUGCAUCUCUAGACGAUGUGUUAUAUUUUAUCUCAUGAGCAAUACUUCAUAGAGAAAUAUACAAAUAUGCUGAUUUAUUUUUAUUUAAUUCAUGUUCAUUUUCAAUGUUGUUUCUGUUGAUUUUUGUUUUAAAAAUUUUGGUUAUGAGGCUAUUUACUUUUUUGAUUACUUUCCUUUUGUACUUGCGUAUAUGUCCGCAUAGGAAGAAAUGAAAGUGUUUUUGUGACUAUAUUUGUGAUGAACAAAACAUAUACAUGGAAAAUAUCAGAAAAUGAGUUUUAUUUAUAAACAACGAAACAAAAAUUUUGUUUUAUUAAUAGUGAUAUGUAUUUCUAGAUUGAGGUGUUAUGGUUCCCUUGAUCGAAAGAUGUUCUCCACUCUUCGACAAGUUGAUCCUAAAUAUCCCUUGUGAUUAUUAUUAAUUCGUAUCUUAUUAGUUGUGCAUUUUCGAUCUUUUAAUUUUUUGUUUUUCUGAAAUAACUUCAUUUUUUUCAAAGUUCAUUUCAUUCUGCACACCGGGAACUUUCUUAUUUACAAUGAUUUGUUUAAAUUUAUUAUGAACUUUUAAGUAAAAUGUGAAGAAAAUGUUAUUUUAGACAACCAUUUUAUCACUAUGAUUCGAGUUAGUAAAAGCAACUUACUAUAACGCUC